AUGGGGGCGAUUUUUUGGAUUUUUCCACUUUUAACAGGUAAUUUUAUCGCUCCAGGCCCACGUUAUUCAUUUUUGAUUGCAGUUUGUCUGGCGGGUCGGCUUCAAAUCGUGCUGCCCGGAAAUCAGACAUUCGAGACCGAAAAAACGUCGUUCGACUCUCAAUCGCUGCUCAGUUUCAACAAAGAAGCGCUGGGAAUUGAGAAAAACAAUGGUUUGCCUCAAAUUUUAUCGAAACUAUGCGAGAAAAUUUCAGGAACGUUCAAAUUUUCGCCGGAAAACUUGUUGCGCAAACCGAAAACGUUGGUGGUGAUCAGUGUGCGCGGGCUGGAUGAUUUCGAGUACGACGGACACGCCUACGCGUUCACAGACACGUUCAGAAGCCACGAGAUUAACGAGAACCUUAGAAAUCAGUUUGGCGACGCGAUGAUCCACGUGGAAGUGAAUUCCACUGGCAUUUUCACGAAUCCCCAUCAAAAAAGGGCUUCCGAUUCUGAGGCCCACGAUGGCCCGAAAGAGCCGGAAGACCUUGACGACGUCGCGAACAUGAUGAAAUUGGCGGAAUCGAUCCGAAAAAACGAUAGAAAAUCGCAAAACGUCGUGGAUUUCUAUCGAAUUCAUCUGGACGUCUCGAAUGCGCGGAAUUCGAUGCAAAAACGGCAGUUGGAGGAGAAUUUGAAAAGGGGAAUCGACACGUUGAAAGAAGCGAUUGGAGAAAGAAGCGAGGAGAUGGUUCUCGAGAUUUACACGCAUCACGAGCAGACCGAAAAAGAGUAUCUGGCCAAAUUGGAAAAGCAGCGCCGGUAUUAUCAAGUAACGAGACCGCGCAACUCCGAUUUUCCCGCCGUAUUUGCCAUCUGUGCCGGCGUCGCACUCGCUAUGAUUUUUGUGAGUUUACUUGAUUCAGACUGCGAAAAAAUUAGUUUUUUCGGCCCAUGCUUUUCAAAGGCAAUUAUUCGAUCGGGCCCCAACUUUGCAGGCUUUUCGGGCUUGGAUUAAAGUAGUUUGGGUCGAUGCUCUCAAUGUUUUCAUUGCAGGCGGUGACUUCGAUGGUGUGGUUCAUGUGGGACGAGCACGAGAUGGGCAAGAAUUCGUUGGUUUACCGUCUUACAACCGGAAGACCCAAAAAAGACUGA